CGCCGCAAACGGACGUGUGCGUCUCGCGUAUAAUUUUCACAAAUUUCCGAAUGAACGAAUACGAAACUUUUUUCCCCGCAAACGCAUAAAAGACUGACGUGAAAAAUGUUCAAUACUGUGUAAAAGAAAAUCUUACCGAAAAUUUGUCGCAACUAAUGUGCAAAAAGCAUAAAUACAAAUAGUGAUUACAACAACAAAUAAGAGAAGAGUGUGCUAAACUUGUGUUCAAUAACCAAACAAAAUAAUUGAAAAAUUGGUGUCGAAAAAGCAAAAAGCAAAAUGAAAUAAGCAUAAUUAUACAUUAUAAUUGGAUUUGGCUUAAUUAAAAACGGCAGCACGCAAAAAGUGUCAAAGCAAAUUACAACAAAACAACAAAAAGGACAGUGACAACAACAGUCAAGUCCUUUUUAAUUUGGGAGUUAUAAAACAGCGGCGCCGCCGCCGUUGACGGCUGUCCAGCGAGAUGACAGCGAUCAGGAAACGCAUUUGACACGCAGCCCAAACGAUCUCACACACAAACUCACACACAUGAACACACACACACAUACAUAAGACACAGAACCAAAACGAGGGAAAAACCAAAUUUGGAAAAACAACCAAAAACGUAAACGAAUCAAAGAAAACGUGCAACAAAUGUGGAAAAUGUUGGAUACAAUGAUGGAUGCGGAUCUCUUCAUGUUCGAGUGCGAUGAAUGCGCCGGCAUGCCACUUGCAGCACCACCACAGUUCCUCAUCCCGCCACCCCCGAGACCUCCCGCCCUUGCCGAGUACACGGUGGUGCCGCAGGAUUGCAACGAGGAGCAAUUGGCACAGCAGCAAUGGGACAGCGACGUCUGCCAAGCGAUGCCGAUUCUGGAUGCCAGCCUUUACAGCAGCCAAUCACUGGCCACCUCAGCGAUGAUUGCGGUUUUCUCUUUGCUGCUGGUGCUCAUCGUGCUCAUCUCUUCACUGUUUGUCUGGAAAAACAAGCGAAAGGUGCAAAAUCUGCUGCCCUGCAAGACGCCAACGCGUGGCGCCCUCAAUGGGGCAAUGCCACUGGGCGGCAAUGGAACACAUGGUCCACAUCAUGCCAUGUACGAGGAUCCUGAUGCACAUUUGGGUCACCAUCGACCGCUGGUAAUGCGGCAUCAUCAAUAUCAGCACCAUCAUCAGCUGCAGCAUCCGCAUCAUCAUCAUCAUCACCAUCAUUACCAGCAGCAUCCACAUGCCGAGCUGCUGCAGGGCAAGAGCAUACAUUAUCCUAGUGGCUAUCCGAUGACACGGUCGCCGCCUUUCCUCGUCAGCUCCUCGCCCGGUCCUGAUCCCUAUCGCUCCAACGACAAUGUCUACGAGGAGCUGGGCCCAGGACGCGUCGACUCCGAUGGUGAGUCGGAGCCACCGCUGCAUUCCGAUGACGAUUUCGCCGAGGACGAGCUAUCGCUGCCGGGCGAGUGCAGUUUCCACAAGGAAGCGAACACGGCGCAACAGGCAACAGCUGCCACUGCUAGUGGAACACCUUACCAUGAGCGAGCAGCUAGUAGCAAUGGGGCAGCCACAACAGCGAGUGCGGCAACAGCUGCUGCACAGUUGCCAACACAGGAGCGACACAGUGUACUCAGCUCAGGGUCCUCGACGGGUCAGGAUGCGUCCACAGCGAGUGCCUCGACUGCAAGCAAUCAGAACAACAACAAUAACAACUCUAAUGAGGUGGCAACUGGCACUAAUCCCAGCCAGAUGCGACGCACUCCACGCAAUCGCCAGCAACAACGCCAGGAGGAGCUCAACAACAGCAACUCGACGGCGGAGAUUGCGGAUCUGGCGCCGCUCUACGACAAUCGCAGCAACAUGAUGUCCCUCGGCUAUCUGGCGCGUUCCACGGCGCCGCAGUUCUACAACACGCUGGAGCACGAGGUGGAGCGUCGUAAUCGCAUCAACGCACAGCUGAGUCAAGCGCCCGUUGCGCCCCUCUCCACAAUCUAUCGGGAGCGCAUUCGCUAUCCCAGCGUGCAGCAAUAUCCCCCGAAUAGUGCCCAAGGUCUGAUGGCAGCCACGAUGCGAGCGCGCACCCAACCCCGUCUGGUGGAUCGUCGUCUGGCAGCGCAUCAGCAUCAACACCAUCGCAUCCAUGCGGCACCGCUGACUGCGGAGCCAGCCUAUGGCUAUGCGGAACCGAUGUACAAUGCCAACUAUUACUACGACAGUGCUGGCGGUUCAGCGCGUCCCUAUGCAUCCACGCUUCUACCCACAGCAACCUCCGACUACCGACAUCCUUAUGGCGACUCGAGCUUCGGUUCCGAUUCCGGGUAUAGUCAUCAUACGCCUGCUAGUUCGAUUGGGCGACAGGAUUACGAUCUGACGGAACAGCAACUCCCUAAGCCAAGCAAGCUGAGCGCAGCUUUAAGCUUUGGCUGGUCAAGAGGGGGUAGAAAAGCUCCGGCUGCAAGUGCAGCAGCGAAUGCCUCGAGCAGCGAGGCAACCAGUCCCAACAACAACAGCAGCGCCUGCUCCACGGUCACCUCGCAGCUGGACAACAACAAUGUGCAGCCAGCGUAGAUCGACUUUGACUUGAUCAUGUAAAUAGCAAAGAGCCUUCCGCUCUGGGUUCUCAUCAACUGUGUACAGCUCUAGUUGCAGCUUAAGCCUUUAAGCUCCACCCCUAUAUCGAUAGUUAGUGUAGUAAUGUAUAAGUGUAGUACAACUCUCAACUGCUGCGUGUACAUCGUGAAAGCAAUAGUUCUAGCACAUAUGUUAUGUAUAUUAUGUAUUCCUAAGGCUAGAAUUAGCAAUUUGCCCUCCUUUUGUAUCCUAUAUAGGGUUGCCAUAAGUUUUUCGCUUUAUACAUACAUUCUUUAAAGUGAAAAGUCAGCGUAAUUUAAGCUUUUAGUACUACAGUAUAAAUAGUGUAACUCCUAGAAAGCAAAGAACUUAUAGCGCCUAAGUGUUUUUCCAAUGUGAUUGCCAAAUUCUACAAUAUAACUCUUAAUAUAAUACGAAGCGAAAACAAACUCUAAUUUAUAAUGUAACUUAUAACGAAACUUUUAUCCUAUCUGUAAAUGAUGCAUUGAAUUGACGAUUUUUAACUUCUGUUUGUUAUUUUAGUUUUUAAGUCAGAAACAAAAAAAAAAAAAAACAAACAAAAAAAUAUACCAAACCAUUAAAAAAUUCUAUAAACAUCAAAUUGACUUUAUUUUUCAUUUAUUUUGCAUUUAGUUUGCAUUUAAAUAAUUUUUAGAACAUUUUAAUUUGAUUUCCACAUUUUUGUUUGAGUAAUUAGAGCAGUCGAAGUCGACACAGCGUAAAAACUCAACGAAACUUUUACGCUAGCCACCUAAAAAUGUGUUGCAUACUUUUAAGCGCAGCAUAUAAUGUGAACAGCCACAGCGCUUGUGACAAAAUGUGUAGCAUACUUUUAGGGUUGCAAUUUAAUUUAAUUAGUUUUGAAUUUAUACAUUUAGUUUUUCGCUUUUUUCAGCCAAGAUAAUGCAUUUAACGUAGCCUUUGCGCCAUGAAAGGUUCUCAAAAGACUGUUUACAUAUUAAAAAUAAAACUGUAUUUUACUUAUUGUCAUAACAAUAAUAAACUGUAUAAUAAUCGACUAUGAUUAACAAACGCAGAAAUAAUUAGUUGAUAAUGCUUGUAAACUAUGUGAAACUAAACACCCAUUAGGUAUAUCGAGUGAACCUUUUUAGAAUCCCGUUGAACAAAUUAAAGGGGUCGCAGCCCCUUUAAACGAAACACUUGCUAGGUUGUAUCAGAAAUGUAAAUAGCAUGCGAAUAGAGAACUCGAACCUCCCCCAACAAUACCCUGUAAACAUGUUAGAACUUCCAUUUAGACUAGGAGAGACAUUAAGGAGCGAGCUGUAUGUUAAAUCUUCAUAUAUGAGCACAAUGCAAUGUAUCCUAUAAUUAGUAGUAUUAGCAACGUAUUAUAAACUAGACCUUGAGCCCCCGAAAAGAAAAAGAAAAAACAAAUAAUUGCUGUACAUAGAGUACGACUAUAAUCAAUAAUCGGUAAGCAUUAAGCGUCGUUACAUCUAGCAUAGCAUGAUCAUCAACAGCCAGAUUCAACUAAUCCAUAAAAUAUGCUUUAGAAUGGAGUUCACGUUGUUGUGAUUUUUGGAUAUACCCUUAAAUGUAGUAGUCGUACAUACCCGAUACCCGAUACCCAUUAACCCGUUACAGAAUCGAACUUGAGAUAUUUGAAAAUUAUGCCGAAGCACAAUCAUUGAACGAGUGACAAAAUAAAAUAAUGCCAGACAACCCUAAACAUAAUCUAUGCAUAACCUAAUUGAUUAAGGAAGAACAACUAUCUACAUAGUAUUUCAGUUAUCAAAUAUCAUUUAUUUAUAAUUUCAGCUUAGACUAUCCCCAAUUUGUUAAGAUUCUCAUUUCGAAUAUUACAUAUCAAUUUUUGGGAGGCAUUUAUGUACGUGUUACUUAUAUAGCACACCUGGUUUCCGAUACUAUCAAUAUCAGUACAAAAGUUUUAAUCUUUAAAGUUUAAACUAUCUAUCAUUAUCAUAACUGAGAACUCAAGAACUCAAGAACUCAAGAAGUCUUUGUAAAUAGUAUGACAAGUCAAUAAUAACUCGUAACGGAAAAUUUCUGUAGUUCUUCCACUAAGCUCUAAUGUUAAUCGAACAAACUUUUGUUUUUGAAAUCUGUUAAAUUGUAAAUAAAUUGUUUUAGUUAGUCUUAAUUUGUUCUAAUGAUUUCGAUAUAUGUGAACUUUGAUAGCAUAUCAGCAAUUGGGUCUAUCUAUAAUAUAUUUGAAUAUAUAUAUACAUAUAUGAGAUCUAUCGAAUACCGAAACUAAUGAAACUAUAAGAAACGAAGAAAACACACUAAGGAGGCUCUAUUCUAUCUGUCUUUUAUGAAAACAACAAAAAGAAAUUGAAACCCAAAUAAAAAAGAACGCAAACGAUUUAAUCGAAUUUAUAAUGUUAAACGCCAGUUAAUCAUACAUUAAUAUCAAUUACAUUAAAUGAUUAGCACUUAUGCCAAAUAGUUAGUUUAUCAAUUUUUUGUAAUUAACAAUUAGUUCUUCUCUCUUUAAGC